AUGCAUCUUCUUACUGGCCCCGCACCUUCGUCUCCAUCUUUGAACCGCGCACCUGACGAUCUCGCGACAUACGGCAUGUCCCGUUCGCAGCUCGGACUGUGGCUCGCUUACAAGAUGUCGCCUGAUCAUUCCAUGUACAAUCUCGCCAUGAAGCUCGAGCUCGAUCGCUCAGAAUACAGAUUGGAGACUGCUCUCCAGGGCAAGUGCUCUUCUCCAAUCACACACCUCGUGCGACGUCAUCCCGCUCUUCGCAGCACCUGGCACGAUGCCGAUGUUCGGCAUGCAGAGCCUUAUGUUGCAGAAUGGGCACCUAAUGUUGCGGUUGCGCAUCUCCAGAUCCAGAUACUGCACGUUACAUCUCCGGUUCAUUUCAGUAACCGGCUUCGCGCGCCAGUUCCCCUCUCGGACGAGUUCGCCGUGCGCUGGUUUGUUGUCCUCGGGCCCGAGAUGAUGUCGAUUUAUGUGGUGGCGCACCACAUCGCGCUGGACGGGACGAGCAUGAGCAUUCUCUCGGAUGAGAUGCUGCGGUUCAUGGCGUCCCCGUCGGAUCCUGUCUGGGAUCAGAUGGACUGUGGCUUGCGCUCAAUGGGGGAUACAGCAACUAUCUUGCGGGCCGCCUACGCUGCCGCCGAGCCCGCAGCGCGCGACUUUUGGCUUAGUCAAGUCCGCGAUACAGCACCCGUUCGGUGGAUCAACAAUGGCUCUGGGCAUGUGUCAUGCAGCCCAGAUGGUAAUCUGAAUCCCGCUGCCACGCCACAGAAUGGCCGGUCCAUUAUGUCCGACGCAGCUAGAGAUUACCGCGCGAUUGAAACAUGGACCCUGUUCUCGAAAGCCGACCUCAGACAGUGGAGCGCCAGGUACAACACGUCCUGGUUCCGAGUCAUGCUCGCGGCGAUCGGCGUCCUGGUGCGGUCAAAGUGCGCCCCGCCCAGAUGCGAGGACGCCGCGGACUUUGUGCUGACAACCGCGUUUGCUGGCCGGCCUGCAGGCCUAGGACACGCGCUCGGGCAUUUCGUCAACGCGCUGCCUGUUCGCGUUCCGUUUACCGCAGUUCUCGGGCCGGAUGGGGCCGGCACGUUUGAUAUGUUGGUCAAGCAGAUCUCAGAAUAUGUGUCCGCUGCGAAGAGGCACGAGCUUUUCAGCCUGCUUGAUCUACAGGACGCCGCUAGAGUGGAGGGGAUGCAGAUCCCUCGAUCACAAGUCGCGGUGACCCUGUCCCCCCGUCUCGCGAGAAACGAGUGCGAGCUGCUGCCUGUGGAAGGUGCACACGACUUGUUCUUCUGCUUCCUGGAGGGUGUAGAUGCGGUUGAGCUCGGGGUCAUUUAUGAUCCAACCAUCUUCUCUGAGUCCACAAUGACCUCCUUCAAGUCAGAUUUUGCCUCCUUGUGCACACUCGUUCCAGAAUCUGGCCCGCUUUCUCUGAGAACGAUGGCCCCUGGCCUCGUUCGUCAUCUUCGCACCCUCCCACCUGCGUUGGAUUUACACAACGAGGACCAAAUCAGCGAGACCCCGUGGCAUCAAUUGUUUACUUAUCAAGCGGCUCAAAAUCCGGAUGCUGUUGCGCUUUUUUCGGCGGAGAGCCAAACUGCCAUGACGUACGCGGAACUCGAUCAAAGAAGCUCCGGUAUCGCAUCCUAUCUACAGCGUGAAUUCGAAAUCCAGCAAGAGUCUUUGAUCCAGCUUCAUCUGACGCGCGGCUUUUCCGUCCUGGUGUGGAUUCUCGCGGUGCUCAAGUCCGGUGGCGCCUUCUGCGUGUCGGAUCUGGAUCACCCACGCCAGAGAACGAAGCAGAUCGUUGAAGUCGCUAGGCCGCUGCUUGUCGUCGUCGACGGAGAGGAUUCUGACUGGUUGCUCGAGGACUUGCCAGUCGAGUCAAGUUCGGCUCGGGUGAUCCACGUUCGCGAAGUCGAGCACCAUCUUCGCUCAGCGGCGACUCCCGCACGAGCACGCCAGGUCACGAAAGGGAGCGACUUGGCAUACGUAAUUUUCACCUCUGGAAGUUCAGGCAAACCCAAGGGCGUCGAGAUCACGCAUUCCAAUCUCACGCACUUCGUCACGGGCUCGCACUCCUCCGCGUCCCCGUUCCUGCCCGGGCUGGGCCCUGGCGCGCGCAUGCUGCAGUGGGCGAACUUCACCUUCGACGCGUCACUCAUCGAGUGGGCGCCGUGUCUCGCAUUCGGUGGGACCCUGUGUUUGGCGGCGCACCCCAAGGCCCUCGUGGGCGAGUACCUGCUCGAUGUCGUCGUCCGCAACGCCGUGACGCACGUGAAUCUGACCGCCAGCGUGCUCGCGAGCGUGCCUGCGGAUGGCGAUCGGGGGAUCGGACGGCUGCGCGUGGUGUCCGUCGGCGGGGAGAUGGUGCCCGAUGGCUUGGUCGAGGUGUGGAGGAAGAGGGGCGUUGUCGUGCAAAAUGCAUACGGGCCGACUGAAUGCGCCAUGGUGAUGUCGCACCACACCUAUCCUCGCAUCUCCAAAAGUGAGACGGCGCCAGUGCCUGCCUGCGUCAUCGGACACGCACACGAUAAGAUGUCGUUCUACGUUUGCUCAGAGGACAAAUUUCAUGCUGCCGCACUGGCUAACGGGGAGGUGGGUGAGAUCUGCAUUGCGGGACCCCAAGUCGGUCGAGGAUACCGGAACCGGCCGGACCUUACAGCUGACCGAUUCUGUGUCCAUCCGCUCAUUGGGGCGCGCCUUUACAGGACGGGAGACCGAGGGAAGAUGCUCCCGAACGGUAGCGUCAUGCUUCUUGGACGUGUUGAUAGAGAGGUCAAGAUCCGUGGAUUCAGAAUCAAUUUCGCGGACGUCGAGCGUCACGUCGCGUCCGCAGCAUCGCUCUCCACCGCCGUCUCGGCGCAGUCGCAUCCUAGGCACGGCCUCUGCGUGUUCCUUGCACCAGAGAUGCCCGACACGGACGUCCAAGUGCUCAAGCGUGUUCUGAAAGAGCGCGUUCCCGGGUAUAUGGUGCCGAGCGCCGUGUUUUCGGUACCUGUGAGCCAGUUCCCGCUCAACGUGAACGGCAAGACCGACCACAAGAGGGUGGGUGAGAUGAUGGAUGCGCUUAUCGGGAACUCUCCGGCUCUCGGAGUGCGAGUUUCUGAUAUCGCACCCUCGCAAGUAGUACUAGAAGCAAAGAGGGAUGAAAUCCAACAAGCAGUGCAUGAUAUCUGGAUGCACCAUCUUCCGAGCCCAGGAAGCUCUAACGAGAACCGCCUCUCCGACGAUGCCGACUUUUUCGAUAUCGGAGGAAACAGUCUCAUACUCAGUCAAAUCCAUGCGUCACUGCGCACUCGUUUCCCCACGGCCGCAGGGAAACUCUCGCUGAUCGAUCUGUUCCAGCACAAGACCAUCGAGCAGCAAGCUCAGCUGAUCCGCAACAUCACCAACCAUCCGCAAUCCAUCUCCGAAGCUCCGGGUGCAGCUCAAUCAACCUCCCGCCCCAAGCUGCUUGGGAACGAGAUUGCUGUGAUCGGGAUGGCGGGCCGGUUCCCCGGCGCUGCAUCUCCCGCAGCGCUGCACGAGAUGAUGAUGAACCGCACCGAGGCUAUAUCGACUUUCCACUCGCGAGUGAAUCACACGAUGAAUGACUCGGAGAUCUAUGUCCCCCGACGCGGCAUGUUGCUGGAACACGGACCUCGCAGGAAAGGGGUCGCAGAAUUUGGACAAGGGUUGUUUACGAAAGUUGCCGCGGAGGCCCUCAUGGACGCCGGGAUCAAUCUCGAUAGAUACGACGCAGAUCGUGUCGGCUUAUAUGUCGGUGUCUCUGGCAUCGGAGAUAACAAACACGAUGCGCCGUCCAUAUCCGCGCGCACAGCAUACGACUUGAACCUCCAAGGCCCGAAUGUGACUCUGGAUGCCGCCUGCUCCGGGGGAAUGGUCGCGCUGUCCCUCGCCGUCGACCAUCUCAGACUCGGACGCUGCGACGCAAGUCUCAUCCGCAUCGCUCGGAUUAAAAACGCGAGUGCUGAUCGCCGCGCAUCCAGUACCGGCUACCUCACAGCACCCAACAAGAUCCUCUCCCCUUCCGGCCACUGCCGCCCCUUCGACGACAGAUCCGACGGCACCGUCCCGGGGGAAGCCGUCUGCGCUCUAGUGCUGUGCCGCGAGCAGCAGCAGACGCCCGGAGGAGACUCAAAAGGAACGGUGUAUGGCGUGAUCAGCGGGAUCUCGGCUGCAUCCGAUGGAAGUGAGGGAAAGCUGGGACCCACAGGGCCCUGCACCCUCGGACAGAUCCGAGUGGUCAAACAGGCCUGGCGCGACUGUGGUUUGGAUCCAGCCAAGCUUGCCUACGCCGAGAUGCAUGGAAGCGGAACGCGAAUCGGGGAUGCGCUGGAACUAGAGGCACUCGUGAAAGCACGGUCCCAGCUCGGGGUUGCUUCCAGCCGGUUUACGUUUGGCUCCAACAAAGGCAAUGUGGGAAACUGCGAGGCCGCUUCGGGUCUGAUCUCUGUGAUCAAGCUUCUGCAGUCCUUCCAGCCCGCCAACCGCUGCAUACCACCUCUGCAGUCAUUCGAGAGACUCAACCCGUCGAUCGAUUUGCCGCUCCUUGCCGAGGCAGUUGUGGCUCAGCGCGAAACGGCUAUUCCCGAAGCCCCGGACGGCGUCUUGGUCGUCCGAUGGAUCCUUGGGGAUAAGGGAAAUCUCAGCCGUCUUCCCGGUCCCCCUUCGCAGUCAUGGUUGUUUGGACAUCUCCCCCAGCUUUACCUCACAUUCAAUUACGGAGAGAACGAGUUCAAGUGGCUGAAGGAGUACGGGACGGUGUACCUGUUACGUGGUGUGCUCGGCCAAAAGCGGGUCAUGGUCGCCGAUCCUGUGGCAAUCAACCACAUGUUCCGCGGCGACGAUGUGCACUUCUCGCCUAUGUUCAUGGCGAUCGAUACGGCCAUUUACGGGGAUGACAAUGUGCAACUUCGAGCCGCUCUCAACCCAGGCUUCACGACCGCAGUCGUCAAGAGCUAUCUUGCUGUCUUCGAAACCGUUGCUCAAGGCGUCACUCUAUCUCUGGAUAAAGCCUUGACAGAGCGAAAGAAUGCUCCAGUCAACGUCUCUCCCCUGCUUUCUGAGGCAACGCUGGCGGCCAUCUCACAGGUCGUCCUCGGCCUCUCGCUCGAAGACCUCGGGCCCGAUUUUGUGCGAAUCAACUCACAAGUGAUUGCACUCGCGUCCGGACUGGGGCGGGUGAACUUCCUCACGGAUGCUCUCUCUGCGGUCUUCCCUCGGCUCCCGAGAUACCUCAUGCGUCUCCCCACCCAGAGCUUCCGCGCUGUGCAUCAAGGAAGAACGCUCGCGGAGCAGGUCGGGAAGAAGAUGAUCGGAGCCCGCCUCGACGCGGGGAUUCUGGAGCAGAAAGAGGAUGAUCACCUGUUCGGGAAGAUCUUGACGGAGAACGCAAAGAGAUCCCUCCGGCCCGAGCUACUCGCCGCACAAACUAGUGUACUGCUUGUUGCUGGCCAGGACACGACGGCAAACACGUUGACGUUCGCGCUCUAUGAGCUCGCGCAACGCCCUGAGGUCCAAUCUCGGCUGCGAGCGGAAGUGUUGGAUGCCGUCCAGGACACGGAGAUCCGAUACGAUGCUAUGCCUGUGCUCAAUGCUGUCAUCAAGGAAGCGCUGCGUUUGUAUCCGGCCGAGGCUCUCAUGGACAGGAUAGCUGCACAUGACAUGACGAUCCCACUGAGCGCACCGGUACAGUUGUCGAACGGAGAAACUGUGCAGCAGCUGGUCGUCUCGAAGGGCCAGUGGAUCACUGUCAGCAGUGCGUCGUAUCAGAGAUCGGAGGGGCGAUGGGGCCCCGAGCCUGAAAUGUUCGAUCCGAAUCGGUGGAUCGAUGGCAAGGUGGCGGCGAAUGGGGAACCGAUGAUCUCGAGCGCGUACGCCAAUUUACUGACCUUCAACGCCGGUCCUCACACGUGCUUGGGCUGGCGUUUUGCUGUCUUGGAGAUGCAGGUGAUCUUGACCGAGCUCAUAUCCAAAUUCGUUUUCGAGGUUCCAGAGGACCCAGCGAUGAGCAUGCGAACUAUGUUCGCCACCACCAUCAUGCCUGCCGAUGCAGAGGUCAUGCAGAGCGUAUCCAGCUUGACGUCGUUGUCCCUUCUCACACUGCUGGGCGUCUAUGUCGUCCGAUGGUUCCUCAGACCCAAGAACGAUCUGGGCCGGCUUCCUAGCCCUCCUUCGGAGUCUUGGCUAUUUGGACAUCUCCCGCAGCUGCUCCUCACCACUAAUUACGGCGACAACGAGUUCCGAUGGCAGAGGGAGCACGGGCCGGUGUAUCUGCUGCGUGGUGUGCUCGGCCAAAAGCGACUGAUGCUCUCCGAUCCCGUGGCCAUCAACCAUAUCUUCCGCAGCGACGAUGUGCAGUUCUCGCCCAUGUUGAUGGCGAUGGACAAAGCCCUCUACGGGGACGACAAUGUGUCUGCCUCAAGAGGAGAGGCCCACAGGCAGCUCCGAUCCGCUCUCAACCCCGGAUUCACGCCGGCGAUCGUCAAGAGCUACCGGGACAUAUUUGAGAAUGUCGCGCGAGGCGUCACUGUCCAACUGCAGGGGGCUUUGGCGCAGCGCAAGAACGCGCUAGUGAACAUUUCCCCCUUGCUCUCCGAGGCAACGCUGUCGGCCAUCUCACAGGUUGUCCUCGGUCUCUCGCUCGAUGAUCUUGGGCCCUCAUUCGUGGACGUCAGUUCGCAAGUACUCGCACUCGCGUCCGGAUUAGGCCGGAUGCAUUUCAUCGCGGAUGCCUUCGCUGUCGUGCUCCCCGGUCUCCUGAAGUAUCUCUUGCGUUUGCCCGUCCAGCGCUUCGCCUCUGUGCACCAAGCGAGGGUGCUCUCAGAGGAGGUUGGGAGACAGACGAUCGCCGCGCGCCUCAAUUCUGGGGUUCUCGAAGAGAAGGAGAGUGAUCACUUGUUUGGCAGGAUCCUGACGGAGAACGCGAAGAAGUCCCUCCGCCCCGAACUCCUCGCCGCGCAAACGAGCAUUCUGAUGAUCGCUGGCCAGGACACGACGGUUCGGGUGAUCAAACUCAGCUCUUCCCCGCAUCCUGACGUCGGUCAGGCAAACACGCUCGCUUUCGCACUCAACGAGCUCGCGAAACGCCCCGAGGUCCAAUCACAGCUGCGAGCGGAAGUGCUGGACGCGAUUCAGGACACGGAGAUCCGAUACGAUGCGAUGCCGUUUCUCAAUGCUGUCGUCAAGGAAGCACUGCGCAUGCACCCUGCCGAAGCCCUGGCCGAUAAGAUAGCUUUGCGCGAUGUGACGAUCCCCUUGGGCACACCGGUCCAGCUGUCGAACGGACGUACUGCAGAGCAGCUGGUCAUUCCCAAGGGCCAGCUGAUUACCAUCGCUAUUGGCUCGUAUCAACGGUCGGAGGGACGAUGGGGUCCUGAUCCUAACCAGUUCGAUCCCAGUCGGUGGCUCGAUGGCAAGGUUGCAGCUACCGGGGAAACGAUGGCGUUGAGUCCGUACGCUCAUCUAUUGAGCUUCUACGCUGGCCCUCACACCUGUCUCGGCUGGCGUUUCGCUGUCCUGGAGAUGCAAGUGAUCCUCACCGAGCUGGUGUCCAAGUUCGUGUUCCAGCUCCCAGACGACCCGGCACUGCGCAUGCGAGCCGUGCUCGUCAACACUCUGAUGCCCGCCGAUGCGGAAGGGAGGAAACGGGCGAUGCUUUGUGUCAGCCCGCUUUGAUAGGAAGCACGUACGCACUGUACUGUACGUGUGAUGUGCGGGGCCGCUUUCUACUGCAGCGACAUACCGUAGAUGUAACUGAGAUUUGAGAUGUAUGAUCUGUAAUGAGCAAUGCAGAGCUAGCCUCUAGGCCAGAGGAUCUCGAAAUAGGAGAAAACUUU